UACCCGGUUGCGUUGCGUCAUAUGUUGGAGACGAAUGUUUUGGUGUGCGCGGCGCUGUCACCGUCCGAGGACAUGACUUGCUGAGUAGUGAAGUUACAUGCCUGUGGAUUUUGUAAGGUCCUCAUGACUGAGGUCACGCAACACAAAGAAUAAGCGUCGACUUCCACACAGAACCUGGCCGGAACCAUGAGCUCUGUCUGCCGGUUUCUUCGCAUCAAACAAGUUUUUGCGGGACAGGUCCGGAGGUGUCUGUCCUCACAGACACAAGGAGAGAUCCGCAUCGCUCAGAUACUCAGAGAGAAGUUUCCCCUGGCCUCGUCGCUCAAAGUGGUGGAUAUCUCAGGUGGAUGCGGCGCCAUGUACGAGAUCCACAUAGAGUCCAGCGAGUUCCAAGGAAAAAGGACCAUUCAGCAACACCAGCUAGUCAACCAGGCACUCAAGGAUGAGAUUCAAGCGAUGCACGGUCUGCGAAUAUUCACAGACGUCCCAAAACAUUAGAGCAAGUCCUUCCACUCAUCAUUUCCUGUUCCAUGUCCAGCACACCCAGAGUGAAUGUAAAGCUUUUAACAUGAGGAUAUCAAGUAGUUAGAAUUUUGUGAUAAUUAUUAAGUUGCCAGUCCACACAUUGUAAUAAAGUAAAAAUGAGCCUAAA